GGUUUAAAUAGUUUAGGGAUUUUCACAAGACACAGAAGUAAGUCAUACUGUAAAGUCUUUUUGCCUCUCCCAUAACAUCAGCAUGUACGCACUUCAGCACCCCGUUAAUUACAGGUUGUGCAUGCAUGCUGGUUCAGGUUCAAGUCUCCCCUCAGACUUUCCAACAUCUAGCCCACUCUGGGAAUUCCAAACUCUAACCACAGUGGUAAUGAAUAUGGCAUUGGAUGCAAUCUAAAAGAUCCCAGCUCCUAAAGGAAAGCAUGGAGGAGACAACACAGUCUAAACUCCAUAAACACCCAUUUCCUGUGAUGUCUCUUUGUUAUGCUUCACUGAGAUAUGAGGAUGGGUGGGUCAGUAGACCACAGCAUUUAGCUUCAGAUGAGCAAAUUACUGCUAUGUCCUGUUUGUUCAUUUAGUGCAAUUAGGUGACUAACUGCACAGACAUUAAGUCAUAUUUUCAGGAUGGGGUGGAGUAUAAAUGUAGUAUGCAUUUUUUUUUUUGGGAGGUUGCAGUGGUAUGAAUAGUAGGUUGCACUGACGGUAUUCAUCCCACGGUUCUGACCACAUUCUCACACAUAGCUAAAAACGGAGAAUUGGGAGAGAAUUGUAUACUCUGCAUUCUUAGGUUGAGGCUGAUUCUACCAAAGAAUACUGUCUUCUCAGCAAAUUAGUCACACUGCUGCAUUGAUAAAGGAGCUCAGGAUUUGCACUACGUAAGGUGCAGGCUGCACUCUGCUUACAUUCAUUCUGUGCAAAGCUGCAUCUGCUUAUAUGAGUUAUGGGCUUAAAUGAUCACAAAGCCACAAGGGAUUCUACAGUAGCAUCCUGAAAAAUGCAACUCAUUCAGGAAAAGGCUGCAAUAAGUGACUCUGGAACAUCUCCAAGCAGGAAACAUGGACUGCAAGGAAGAAAUCAGUGACUCAGACAGUGGGAUCAUCUUAAAUUCUGGUCCAGACAGUCCUACAUCUCCUGUGAAGGACCUCAGCACUCACACACGGGCCAUGAGGCUAAAGCACCAGGCUCUGGAGGACAGACUGGAGAUGUGUCUUCUGGAGCUAAAGAAACUGUGCAUCAGAGAGGCAGAGCUUACAGGAAAGUUGUCAUCUGACUAUCCUUUGCCGCCAAAUGAGAAACCGCCACAGAUCAGGCGACGUGUUGGAGCGUCCUUUAAACUGGAUGAAGGGUUGCUUCCUCAUGGGGAUGGAGAGGAAACGGAGUUGCUCUCACUCGAGGCUGAUUUAGCCCUCCAGCGGCAGAUAUAUGAAGCAUCCCGAAGGCUGUCCCUUGAGGAACACAUCAGCAAGCCUGUUAGGAAGAGCCGACUGCAGCAAUGCAAACGAGAGGAAAAGAAAAUGAAGGAGCUCCAGGAAGCUUUGUUAAAACGCUGCACUAACCAGAGCUGUGUUUCGCCAAAGACCUGCCGUUCCUCCAGACAGAGAGAUCUGUGCAUGUCUGAUGACAGCUCUCUGUCUGACGCUGCUGCCCAUGAUGAUGAUUUAGAGCCAGGCCCGUUGGCCCCGAUGACUCUGGACUCUCAGACAGGGUUCCAGCAUGUGCUGACCCUGACACCUUGUCACAGCACAAAACAUGCAGGUUCCAGCUCCAGUCUGGAAUAUGACCGAACGCCAAUCCAAAACAUGCCAUGGAGAGAAUCCAGUCUAGAUCAGCCAUAUCAGAAACUGAAGAAGCUUCCCUCUGCCAGCAGCAGCAGGUCAAGCAGUCCAACAGGAAGCUCAAUAGACCAGAGACUGGAUGACAUUCCUCCUGCUCCCCAGUUUGUGUUCAAAAGCCUGGCAAUGUGCAACAAUAAUUCCAGCAGUGCCCCCUCCACCCCAGAGCUGCCACUGCGCCGCCACAUCUCCCAGUCCUUCAGGUUUCCCAGAGCCAAGCCAGAGGUAAACAAACCGAAUUUAGAUCUGAGCCGUGGAAGGACGAAGCUCCCACGUCGCCGCGUCACUGACUUUGCCUUGGCUUACUCAGUGCAGCGUCUGUAUCAGUGCAGCUCAGAGGACAGCAGCUCGGAGCACUCCAUAUCCUCCUACAGCAGCUCAUCCAGUCAUGAGUUAAUGUCAGAGGUGACCAAAGCUUGCCCACCUCCUUACGGUUUCCGCCGCACCACUCCAAACAACUCUCAGGACCAGCGCUUCACCAACAACAUCCUUCCCAAAAACAACCAAACUGUAAACAAACAAAUAAACAAACCCACUGUGAUCAGCCCGCAUCAAAAUAACAGCCAUGACAGGAUUUUGCCAGAGAGAGAUAUUAGAAAGCUGAACCUGGAUUUGACCUCUCCACAUACAAACAAGCAGCAAGUAGAGGUGACUUCACCUAAGCGUGUACUUAAACCCCCUCCACCGUACCAUAGGCUGGGUCGCACACCUUCACUGAAGGAGUAUCCCAAUCAUCCUAGCAGGCUGCUUCCUCGAGAUGUGGUCACAAACGAUCUCAGGGCAUGGCAUGAGAGGAACAACGUGGGUGAAAUCAAGCAUCUGCCACUGCAACGACACGGGUCUAUGCGCAUCAAACGCACACCAGAUCAACAGCCGCCACCCUACCACCAGAUCCAGUCUCAGAGACAGAUUCCUCAGAAAGUGAUCCUCCAGCAAGCUCCUGAUGGAACUCCUCUGCAGUGGUAUGAAGAGGAAGAGGGCGAGAUUGUAAGCCAGGUCUAGAAGACAGUCAGCUGAAAUGCAGAAGCAUCUUUUGCCGUUGUUGAUGUCAUUAAUUCAUAUCUUUUUUUUAACUAUUUAUUGAGCCAAUGGACUCUGAUGCUGUCUGAUAGUAUAAUGCUGAUUCUAAUUAAAAGGUGAAGCUGAGCCAAAUUGAUAUGGCACAGAUUUUCGUCAACUGUGGAGCCCUUAAACACUGACUGAAAUUCAAGUCCAAUAAUUACUUAACUGUAAGGCAUCAUGCCAUAAUUUCUGCGAUGAUGAUGAUGAUGAUUGUUCUUAUUAUUGGUCAAAGUGUACAUUUACUAUUUCUUAAAAAACAAAAAGUCUCCUGAAAAGAACAUUUUCAAGUAUAUGUUGUGUCUGGUACACAGUUUUCUGUUCCCUACUAUUUUGGAGCCCCAAUUAUUUAAUAUAAUGUAAUACAUUAUGCAUUAAUAUAAUAUUUAUGUUGUUUUUACUUUUCUAAGAUUAUUCUCACUCUUUUUCUCACAUUUUACGGUUUCUCCAUUUAAAUAUUAUCAGUAGACGCUGCUAUGCUGUUUACCUGUUUUGUAAGCUGCCUGCUAGAUUCUGAGUGCAGAUAUUUUCCUUAUUCAGAUGCGCUGAAAGGCAAUU